AUGGCAUUGACGGUCAAGCAUCUCAACGGUGAUGCUUCUUUCUUUCUGUCCUUCGAGCCCAUUCUAACGAGCCCGACACCCGGCGCCAUCAACGCCGAGCCGUUCCGGAUUCUCUUGGAUCCUUGGAUCACCGGGCCGUCCAAGAUCUUUCAUUCCAGAGUUUCUACAUCAACCCAUAAGAAGCCGGCGUGCAUCUCGUCUCUGCAAGAGCUUCCUGAACCAGAUCUAGUCAUCAUCUCCCAACACAAGAGCGAUCACUGCCAUGAGGCAACCCUUCGCCAGCUGCCAGCCACGGGCACCAAGACCAUCAUCCUCGCCGAGCCAGCUUCCGCACGUCUGAUUAGAAGCUGGAAGUAUUUCGACAAGGAUAAGGUGCGAACGAUCCCCAAGUGGGAGAGCCCCAAGGUCACUGGCCGCCAGGGUGUUGUAAGGAUCCGCGUGGCACCACUUGUGGAAGGGGGGGAACCGGGCGAGGUCACGGCCGCGUUCAUCCCGCAACGGCGAGACCUCUCUGGCCUACAUGGCGCCAUCGGGAUCACCUACCGUCCUCCGAACCUCUCCUCAUCGCCCCUGCUAUCGACCAAAAAGGCAAUUUCGUCCCGCGCUGCAACCCCGAUCCUUUCACCUCCUGCUACACCGAAGUCACACAGGUCCUACGCGCACCUACCCAGAAUCUCAUCCCUCUCGAGCACCCACGAUGCCGCUGCCGACCUAUAUCCUCCCACACCCACAUCUCCCGGGAUGUCCUCCAUCCGCUCAGAGCGAUCGGCGGCUUCGUUGCCACUGUCCGUCUCGUCCCACCUGACAAAUUACACUGCGGCGACAUCAGCCACCAACCGUUCCACAUUUCCAGCACCGUCAAGCAGUAUGGUCCGCAGCGUCGAACGCCCCCUUUCGAUCAUCUUCUCACCCCACGGCAUCUCCUUCCCGAGCCUGCAGAGCUACACGACCGGUCACCUCGUCGCCGAGGCCGCGCUCCCACUGACUGCGCUCCUCCACUGCUUCGACAACGUCAGCAACCCGUGGUGGCUCGGCGGCAACAUCCUCCUCGGCGCCCCCGCGGGUGCCGAGACAGCCGGCCGCCUGGCCGCCCGCACCUGGAUCAGCGCCCACGACGGCGACAAGGAGGUGCGCGGCAUCGCGACGGGCCUGCUGCGCACCCGCAAGUGGCACCCCGAUGAGGUCGCAGGCGGCCUACUAGCAGUGUCGGAGGAGGUGGCCAACUCGAGACCGGGAUCGCGGCCUGGAUCCGCCGUCGGCGGCGAUGGCGGCUGCGGCGGUGGCCUGACCGGAUCCUCAGGCGGUGAUCUCCCGAGAGGCGUCGCCGGUAGCACCACCCGCACUGCGCUGCGGGGGAAGGGAACCGAGGUCAUCGCGCUCGUCACCGGCGAGGAGGUUGUGCUCACCAGCCAGGGUGUCUGGGACGUCGGCCGAGACCGGGAGCCCGGCGGGGCCGAGGAUGACGGCGACGGGGGUUGUCGAGGAGGAGAAGACGACGCCGACACGGACGCCAACCUCGACUCGCCCGGAAGGAUCAGCAAUGCCUGUGGCUGCUAG